AUGUAUGUCAUAUGGGUGAAUGGGGGAAACAUUUAUUUUGUGAGCUCAAAUGACAUGCAGCAGCUCUGGGAUGCAGCACUGAGAAGAAGAUUGAUGACCAAGAGCACAAUUGAAGCAGGAAAAGCUGAGGUUUUGGAGUUUCAGACACAUUUGGAGGAGUACAUCACAGUCAUCGACAAGAUUGAUCUGGAUGUGAUGAAGAACUGGAAUUUCCCCAAGAUGCAUGCCUCAAAGCACAUAUUCAACAACAUCAUAGCAAAAGGUGCCGCUCGCAACUUUAGUACUCAACCAAACAAGAAGCAGCAUGGACCAAUCAAGUGUUGGUAUCUAUGGCAGACUAAUCAUAAAGACAUUGCUAAUCAGAUCCUUGAACUUGAUCAUAAAAGCUUUGUCACUGAAUUUGUUUGCAGCUGCAUCGAGUAUCUCAAUGAAGAACAAUGUAAACUCACACUCUCAUGGGAAGAACUCGAAGAAGAGGACAUUGAUGAUGAGUCAUUUGAAGCUCACCUGCAUAUUGGUUUGCCCCUUAGGAAUCUUACCAGCUUAGCACAGUUCAGGAAGAAGCUCACGACAUUUCUGAAUCACUUCCUGCCUUCUCACCAUUUAACAUUACCAGAUGGAAUAAGGUGGUUGAAACUUUUGGCACAAGACCAGAUUCAUGAACAUCACUAUCUCAAAGUCCACUAUGAGUCUACUGCUAGCUGGAAGUUAGCCACUGAUUAUCUGUGA